AUGUCCAUCUUCAGCAUCGGCAGAUUCGGGCUAGGACCCUCGCCGAGGCGCUCCAUAUGGGUCGGCUCCCAUUCGGAUACGAUCUACGGGCCAGCCACCCCAGUCGGAGUCAAAUCGGCAUUGGCCAUCAUCCGUAUCGAUGGUCCUCAGGCUGUCGACGUCUAUCACUCAAUCACUCGAGCUCUCAAACCAACCAACGCACCACCAAAGCCUCCUCCUCCCGGCAAGGUCAUCCUCCGCAAGGUAAUCUGUCCCGUGACCCAUCAUAUCAUCGAUCCCGAGGCUGCCAUCCUGCGAUUCGAUCAUCCGCAACACGCCGCAUCGACGGUCGAAUUCCACCUGCACGGCUCACCUGCCAUCACCAAGGCCCUUCUCGGCACUCUAUCCAAGCUCCGCCAUCUCCGACUCGCGCAACCUGGUGAAUUCACCCGCAGGCGGUUCGUCCGCGCAAAUGGCAAAAUGGACAUCAAUAAAAUCUUGGGCCUCAAACACUUAAUUGAAGCAGAAACUGAAGAACAAAGGAGAUGGGCUGUCUCCGAAUUCGAUUCACGAUUUGACCAAACAUACCGCCAGAUGCGAGAAAAAUUGAAGCAAUCGAUGGCACUUUGUGAAGCGAUUAUCGAUUUCAGUGAGGAUGGAUCGAUGGAUGAUGGAGAGAUUUGGAAUCAGGUUAUUGAUCAUCUCCUUGAUCUCAAGUCGACUGUCAAUAUCCAAUUAUCUCAAUCUCAGCGACGCGAGAAAAUCUCGAUGGGCAUCAAGGUCUCUCUCUACGGCUCCCCGAACGUUGGGAAAAGCACUCUUCUUAACUACCUGAUCAAUCGAGAGGCUGCUAUCGUAUCCCCCUAUCCUGGAACCACGCGCGACAUAAUCGAGGUGUCCAUUGAUUAUCAUGGAUUUCCAGUCAUCUUGUCAGAUACCGCUGGGCUUCGGUCCAGCAAUGACCCAGUCGAAGAAAUCGGGAUCAACAGAGCUAAGGAAAACAUCAGCAAGGCGGACGUUCGGCUAUUACUAGUUUCGGCAAUUGAUGUGGAUUCAUUCGAUGACCAAGAUUCCAUUCUGGGGCAAGAAGCCCAAGAUAAUCGACCAACUAUGAUCUUGGUUACUAAGACUGACCUGCUCACAGAUUUGCCUGGCCAUAUUGAUCUAAUAGUCAAGAAACUCAACCAUCACUUUCCUGGCGUCCCGAUCCAUCCGAUCAGCGUGUCCAAUCAAACUCCUCAACGUGGAAUGCCCCAGUUCAUCAAAUCGUUGGAGGAUUACUUGAGAUCCUUGUAUGGAUCAGAGGGAUCCGAAAAACAAAACUCAUUUUAUUUGACAAAUUAUCAAAAGAUACACCUCGAGAAAAUUUUAUUACACAUAAAAGCAUUCAUUGAUCGUUUGCGGGUUCAUCUCUCUGGCCGAAGAGAUGAUAAUCAGCCUCGGGAAGACCUAGAUUUAGUGAUUCUGAUCGAAGAAUUGCGACUGGUGUCCGGUCUGCUAGCUAAAUUAUCCUUCACUAAUCUUCCGCCCUCUCAACUUGAUCAUCAUCACCAUCCGGACGAAAUUUCCACGGAUGAAAUACUUGGUGAAAUUUUUAGUAGCUUUUGCAUUGGGAAAUGA